UGAUUAAUGAUCAUUUCAAACCUUAUAUUAUUGCAAAGAUCUUUAAUGCUAGCUCAACGAUCUUGUAAUGAACAGGUAGCUCCGGCUGUCCUGUAGACUAAAGUGGUCAAGAAUGGAAGGUCAUUUGAUGCAUUGAUGCAGUGCACAUUUCUGUCAUAGCAAGCUUAAAACUAAUAUUUUAAUCCUGAUAUAGAGUAUACAUUGAUGUCUGCUGCUGUUAUGAUCUCGUCCUGCUCGGAGGUCAGUGAGUUGAACCCACGGUGUGCUGGAAAAGGCCAAGCUCCGCCUGUGCACGAGACUCUUCUUCUUCAAGCACCUUCAUCUUGCCUUUGCCACGACCCCGCCCCCUGAUCAUUCACUUCUCGGUAGUACAGAACCAGGACACCGAAGCCCACGGAGGCCACUGUGACUCAAUUCCCAUCCACACCCUCCUCCACCCUCCUCCUCCUCCAUCCUUUCCCUCCCUCCUUCCUCCCCCACGCUUUAAUAGGCUGCAUUACUCAAGUUCGCCAAGAACUCAGACACAGCUCGCGGACCCCAGCGAUAACAUGUAACCGCCCCUGAGCGCAGCAGCAGCAGCAGCAGGAGGACACGCGAGAACAGUCCCGCGCGCGCCGGAAAAGUAAACCGCCCGUAUUACUGGAUUUGCGCGCGCUGCUUUGCGAACUUUAUUUUGCAGAUUAAUCAUGCACGCUUUUCUCUGGGGUCUGGGCUUGUUCAUCCUACUCCCCGACUUUGUGAUUGUAGCAGCUUGGACCCGGAGAUCUCCGACACGCUCGAGAAAAGCCAAAUCACUGGAGCACACCGGAGCGCACGAGAUCGUGACACCCAUCAGAGUGACCGAGACCGGUGACGCGUUGCCACAGAACGCGCACUUCAAACGCAGGAAGCGGAGCCUGGACAAGGAAACGGAACCGGGACACUGGGAAUCCGUGCACGUGCACUACAGACUAUCCGCCUUCGGUCGCGACUAUCACCUGAACCUGACGCUCGAGGCGGGAUUUAUUGCGCCGCUUUAUACCGUAACUGUACUUGGCGCGAACAACCGAACGCAGGAGGAGGAUGAUGCAGAGGAUGAGGAGGAAACGAUGUACCGGCACUGUUUUUAUAAUGGACACGUCAACGGAGAAACGCAGCACGCCGCCGUUAUCAGCCUCUGUUCCGGACUGCUUGGCACUUUCAGGUCGUCAGAAGGCGAGUAUUUCGUGGAGCCUCUUCACAGCUAUGACGGUGAGCAUUAUGAAGAAGAACAUAUCAAACCUCAUAUCGUGUACAGAAAAGAUGCACAAAAGAGGGCUAAAGAUGAAGAAGACACGGUGGCAUGUGAUACUCCAGGUCACAAUGCUGAACAAAACAUGGUGUCUGGGAGCUUGUUGUCUGACCUGGAGAGUCUCAGAGCAGGGGUUCUCUCAGGCUCUUUCCCCUCAACAGAAGACAAUGAGCCAUCAGCUAACGACAACAGCACGGACUCAGGACCUCACCAGAGAAGAAAGCGCUUCCUGUCCUACCCACGCUUCGUGGAAGUCAUGGUCGUUGCUGACUAUAAGAUGGUGGAGCAUCACAGGAACAAUCUCCAGCACUAUGUUUUGACCCUAAUGUCUAUCGUUUCCUCCAUCUAUAAGGAUCCCAGCAUUGGCAAUCUGAUCAACAUUGUCAUUGUGAAGCUAGUCAUCAUUAACAACGAGCAGAAGGGUCCAGUUAUCAACUUCAAUGCACAAGCCACUUUAAAGAACUUCUGUGUCUGGCAGCUGGAUCAGAACAACCUUGACGACGAGCACCAUGACCACUAUGACACGGCUAUCCUCAUCACCAGGCAGGACAUCUGUCGAGCAAAAGACAAGUGUGACACUUUAGGUCUUGCAGAGUUAGGCACAGUGUGUGAUCCUUACAGGAGCUGCAGCAUCAGUGAAGACAGUGGCCUCAGUACAGCUUUCACCAUCGCUCAUGAGCUCGGCCAUGUGUUCAACAUGCCCCAUGAUGACAGUAAUAAGUGUAAAGAGGACGGGGUUAAGAUUCAGCAGCAUGUGAUGGCCCCCACACUCAACUACUACACCAACCCCUGGAUGUGGUCCAAAUGCAGCAGAAAAUACAUCACAGAGUUCCUCGACACAGGGUAUGGAGAGUGCUUGCUGGACGAACCCGUGUCCAGGCCGUACCCCCUGCCCCAGCAGCUCCCUGGGCGCAUAUACAACGUCAAUCAACAAUGCGAGCUCAUAUUUGGACACGGGACACAGGUCUGCCCAUAUAUGAUGCAGUGUCGCCGGCUUUGGUGCACAAGUCCAGAAGGAGCUCAGCGUGGUUGUCGGACCCAACACAUGCCCUGGGCUGAUGGCACUGACUGCGGUCAUGGAAGGCACUGUAAGCACGGUGUCUGCAUCCCCAAGGAGCAUGACUUGGGGCCAGUGGAUGGAGACUGGGGCGUGUGGAGUCCCUUCGGUUCCUGCUCACGCACAUGUGGUGGAGGCAUCAAGAUCGCCACCCGGGACUGCAACAGACCUACGCCGAGGAACGGGGGGCAGUACUGCGUGGGUCGCAGGAUGAAGUUUCGCUCCUGUAACUCGGAGCCGUGUUCAAAACAGAGAAGAGAUUUCAGAGACGAGCAGUGUGCCGCGUUCGACGGCCGCCAUUUUAACAUCAACGGUCUACCUCCAAAUGUACGCUGGGUGCCCAAGUACAGCGGAAUUCUGAUGAAGGACCGCUGCAAGCUCUUCUGCAGAGUGGCAGGAAACACGGCCUACUAUCAGCUGAAGGAUCGAGUGAUCGAUGGGACGCCGUGUGGCCCAGAUACCAACGAUAUCUGUGUGCAGGGCCUGUGCAGGCAAGCAGGUUGUGACCAUAUUUUAAACUCCAAGGCCAGGAGAGAUAAAUGUGGAGUGUGUGGGGGAGACAACUCAUCCUGUAAGACAGUGGCAGGGACGCUGAAUACGGUGCACUACGGUUACAACAUUGUUGUGCGAAUCCCUAGCGGUGCUACAAACAUAGACGUACGACAGCACAGCUACUCAGAAAAACCCGAGGAUGAUAACUACCUCGCCGUGGCUAACAGUCGUGGAGAAUAUUUACUGAACGGAGAUUUUGUGGUGAGCAUGUUCAAAAGGGAAGUCAAAGUGGGGAGAGCCAUGCUGGAGUACAGCGGGUCCGAUCAUGUCAUCGAGAGACUCAACUGCACUGACCGCAUCGAGGAGGAGAUCGUCAUCCAGGUUUUGUCUGUAGGUAACUUGUUCAAUCCAGACGUCAGGUAUUCCUUUAACAUUCCCAUCGAAGACGUGACCCAGCAGUUCAUCUGGGAUGCAUAUGGCCCGUGGCAGGAGUGUAGCCGCUUGUGCCAAGGGGAGCGUAAGAGGAAAAUCCUGUGCAACCGAGAAUCGGACCACAUGGUGGUUUCGGAUCAAAGGUGUCACGGCUCACCUCGACCGGCGGCCAUCGUGGAACCCUGCAACACGGACUGCGAGCUCAGGUGGCACGUGGCCCGUAAGAGCGAGUGCACAGCGACGUGUGGGCUGGGAUACCGAACACUGGAAAUCUACUGCGCUAAAUACAACCGAAAUGACGGUAAAACCCAGAGAGUGGAUGACCGAAACUGCAGCCAACAGCACAAACCUGAUGAUAAGGAGGUUUGCCGUGGUGACUGUAACCCUGGUGUGUGGGAGUACUCGCCCUGGUCAGAGUGUUCAAAAACUUGCGGAGGGGGAACGCGUCGUCGGAACGCCGUGUGUAAGUCCCCUGAGAACGACGAGGGGAAAUGCAACACGAGGGACAAACUGGUCGUCCAGCCAUGCAACGAGUUCCAGUGUCCACAGUGGAGGACUGGCGAGUGGUCAGAGUGCCUGGUGACGUGUGGAAAAGGCUACAAACAUCGUCAGACGUGGUGUCAGUUCGGAGACGAGCGGCUAGACGAGCGCUUCUGCAACUCAGCCAAACCGGAGUCGGUGCAGGCGUGUCAGCAGCAGGAGUGUGCAUCUUGGCAGUUCGGCUCCUGGGGCCCGUGCACUACCUCCUGUGGCCCUGGCUAUCAGAGAAGAGUCGUGAAGUGUGUGGUCAGCUCGUCCGGCUCGGUCAGGGAUGAUACUGACUGUAACGCAGCGACACGCCCAACUGACACACAGGACUGUGAAGUCUCUCCAUGUCCAGUCACCCAUCCUGUUUCUCCUGACACCAAACUCGUUCCUCAUCCGGGCCACAAAACCCAGUGGCGCUUUGGAUCAUGGACUCAGUGUAGUGCCACUUGCGGGAAGGGAAUACGCAUGCGCUACGUCAGCUGUCGUGACACUCAGGGCGGCGUUGCGGAGGAUUCCUGGUGUGCUCAUCUCCCCAAACCUCCUGCUACAGAUGCGUGCUCCGUGUUGGCCUGUGGUCAGUGGAAGGUGCUGGAAUGGACUCAGUGCUCCGUUACCUGCGGUCAGGGUAAAGCAACUCGUCAGGUUCUCUGUGUGAACUUCAGUGACCAGGUGGUGGACGAGAGCGAGUGUGACCCGGACGAUCGCCCUGCAACGGAACAGGAGUGCGCCAUGCCUCAGUGCCCGUCUCGCCCCAGUGACCACGUCCCCUUCCAUCCCAACCAAGACCCCCGUAAAAAAGCCACCCCUCCUGGCAGGAUGGAUCGAAUCCGAGGCUCGCGUCCACCAUCGCAGUGGAGGUUUGGACCGUGGGGAGCGUGCUCGAGCACGUGUGCCGGAGGAUUCCAGAGGCGGGCGGUGGUGUGUCAGGAUGAGAACGGUUACCCGGCCAACAGCUGUGACGAGAGCGUCCGGCCCCCAGAACAGCGCGCCUGUGAGUCUGGACCAUGUCCACAGUGGGUUUACGGAGACUGGGGCAAGUGCUCCAAACCCUGCGGCGGGGGAAUAAAGACGCGCCUCGUGGUUUGUCAGCGUCCCGGCGGCGAGCGCUUUAGCGAUCAGAGCUGCGAGAUUCUGGACAAACCACCCGACCGAGAACAGUGCAACAUGCAGCUGUGCUCUCACUGGAGAGCCGACCCGUGGAGCUCGUGCUCCGCCUCCUGUGGGAAGGGCUUCAGACGCCGCAACGUGACCUGUGUCAGCCGCUCGGGCCAGCCAAUGGCGGAAGAGAACUGCCUGCACAUGCCCCGCCCCCGGAAGCAGAAAUCCUGCAAAGGUGGGAAGUGCCCAGAGUGGAGGACGAGCAUCUGGGGAGAGUGCAGCGUGACGUGCGGUUCUGGCUGGAGGAGUCGCGCCGUGGUGUGUGUGAAUCACAGCGGAGACGAGAUCCACGACUCGGCCUGUUCGGCACAGACGAGACCGGACCAUAGCGAAGCGUGUAACACUCAACCCUGCGAGUUUGUCUGGAUCAUCGGAGAGUGGACAGAGUGUAGUGUGACAUGCGGUUCUGGCCGGAGGACUCGCGCCGUGGUGUGUGUGAAUCACAGCGGAGACGAGACCCAUGACUCGCACUGUUCGGUGCAGAAGAGACCGGAUCACAGCGAAGCAUGUAACACUCAACCCUGCGAGUUCAUCUGGAUCACAGGGGAGUGGGAAGAGUGCUCAGUCACCUGUGGUCAGGGCUACCAGAGGAGGCGGGUCUCCUGCAGCGAAAUGCAUUCUGGGAAUGAGAAUUAUGAAUACAGCCACCAGGGGUCACCAGGCUGCCCGGGGGCACCUCCCGAGAGCUACAGAGCGUGCAGACUCCCUCCCUGCCCUUUAAGCCACAGCUGGAGAGUGGGCAUCUGGGGACCUUGUUCAGUGACCUGUGGUGAUGGCUGGAUGGAGCGCAUGGUGCAGUGUUAUGCAGAAGAAGGAGAGCUCAGUGAUAAAUGUGACUCCAGCUCCGAGCCGGAGGGUCGGAAAUCCUGCACCAACCCGGACUGUGAAUUGCCAUUCAGCUGCAGGGAUGCACAGAUGAAGAACGGUGUUGUAUCUGAUGGAGAGCAGCCCCUCAGAGUGCAGGGCAAAGCACGUAAUAUCUACUGUUCAGAGAUGCAUACAGAAAGUCCUAAAGAAUACAUAACUCUCACAGCCGGAGAGAGCGAGAACUUCUCUGAGGUUUUUGCCUACAGGUUGAUGGAUCCCACGCAGUGUCCAUCAAAUCUGAUCCACCGAGAGGAAUGCCAGUGCAGGAAAGACUACACAGCUGCCGGGCUCUCCGCUUUCACCCGUGUUCGACUGGACCUGAGCAAGAUGACCAUCAUCACCACAGAUUGGAAGUACUCAUACACUCGAGAAGGUCAUAAGGUUCCUUUCGCCACAGCGGGAGACUGCUACAGCGCCGCCCGCUGUCCACAGGGCCGUUUCAGUCUCAACCUCUCAGGAACAGGUUUCCAGGUGGCUGAGAGUACCCAGUGGAUUUCCCAAGGGAACUACGCUGUGGCAGACAUCCACAGGUCUCAGGAUGGCAGUAGAGUAACAGGAACAUGUGGUGGCUACUGUGGCAAAUGCACUCCAUCCUCCAGUUCAGGUCUUCUCAUCCAGGUUACAUGAACUCCAUCCUUCUUACAGGAUGUUCUCUUCUCCUCGGGUUCUCCUCUUAUCGUGGUGCUAAAGACGAUAAAGGCACUGAAGAACAUCCUUCAUCCAUCCCCUGACUUCCUGCUGUCUGUGUGUAAAUAUCAACUAGUGUAUGUAAUGUACAGAACCGUGCUGAAUUAUUUAUUUUAUAAUCCACAUUUAUUUUUAUACACUUAUUUAAAAAUGCUAUAAAGCCAUGUGUGAAUUCUCGAAGCAGGUGUUGCCUUGUACAGUCAUGGUGUAAUGCCGUUCAUCAGUCUGCGAAUUAUAGUUAUAGAAAAUUUUUCUCAUUUUGUGAUGUGUCAUUUUUUUUUAUACUGAAAAAUGGUCUGAGUCAGGGUGGGUAGGACAUGAAGAAGCAUGAAGCAGCUGAAAGAAUAUCACAUGGGAAAAAAUAUUUACAUCUUCAUCUCGGUGCCGUAGUCUUUGAGGAGACUUUGAGUUCAGGAAGUCAGGUUUAAGCUGGCUUUAAAGAGUUGAACCCAGAGGUCGCUAGUUGAUGAGCAUGAAGAGCGGGAUUUACACAUCAACCGGUUGGUUCUAGAUGUUUUUGGGAUCGUCCUGUAGUUACUUUGACUAGAAAUAAAUGUAAAAGUCCUCUGUGGAGGCAGAGUGGAAACUCUGGGUGAUUCUGGAGGAUGAAGCAGGUAGGGGAAGUGCUGACUGGCUCUAAUGUAAGCGCAGAUGGAGGGAGCAGACAGCAUCGGUGUAUCAGUGGACAGACUCAGGAUGUAUGCAACUAUAAAGAUUGGCAAGACUUCGAGUCUCUAACAAAUCUGUGAGUUUGUGGAUGCGGAAUAGUCUAGAUAUUAAAGGGAAGGGUGUAUUAAAGAAGAGCUCCAGCGUGUCACAUCGUACCUUCGAAGUCUAAGGGCAAGAUGUUGAAGUCCAGCGAUGGAUAUUAAAUAAUACAAUUUAACAAUUAAAAUGUUAACCAUUAAAGAUCGAGAAUAAGAUGGAAGAGUUUCAUUUAACUUUCUAGCACUGUUUACUGCAAUUCUGGUUCCUUUCAAUUUUCUAUCCUCAGAAGAAAUAAUUCUAUUUCUUGAAGAUAUACUGAUUAAACAGAUUAAAUUUUUACUUUUACAAAUAAUUUUGUCUCAAGAAUUAAAUUAUUCAUUGACCAAAUUCAACAGCUGCCCCUAGACUUCAAUUUUAAGUAUCUUCUCUCGAUACGUGUUGAAAUUUGUGUUAGUGAUCAUCAAGAAUCGAAGACACACUACAGAUACAGUAGAGUAGAAAUGAACAAAAAUGAAAUGUCUGGAGGUUGUGUGAAGCUGAGAAUUGUAUAAAGGACAAAUUUAUUAUCCGUGCUGGGGAUUUAACAUGUCCCCAUGGAGUAUUGUACAUAAAGAUCACAGAAAGAUUCUGGUUUACGUCACAGAAGGAAAAAAAGCAGCUUUGCAGAGAGGAUUUUUAUGUCUGAAUUAGAUAAAUAAAAACAUAAUCUGUGAGAAUUUGCUCUUGUGAUUUUCGGUGCUUUGAGUUGUUUCGGUUUUAUUCCAGGAAAUGUUUACUUUAGGUAAAAACCAUGCUUACCAAAAUUUUGGGAGUCUCACAAGAUGGAUGACAUUUUAUGACAAAUUUAUUAAGUAAUUUCCAAAAUGUAAAAAAAAAAUAUUUAAAUUACAGAAAAUUGAGAAAAAAAAUAAUGGUGAAAGUAAAUAGUGUUUGUGUGUUUUUGUGAUUUUUAUUUCUAAAUACCUCACAAAAUUUUCUCAUGUGUUUUAUGUAAUUAUUAUUAUUAUUUUAUGUCUCUACUCACAAAAAUAACAAAUUUUCUGUUAUUUGUGGUUUUUCAUUUUUAUUUUUAUGUUUAAUUAUUUUUUUUGUUUUCAUUUAAAUUUUUAUUUUCUCUCAUUUUCAGGGUACUGCUUAUUUUCUUUUUUUCUCCUGUUUUUUUUAAUUAUAUAAAACUUAAACAAUAAAACCUUCACCAUUAUUAUGAUAAUUUUUUAUUGUUAUUAUUUUCAUGGUCUUAUUUCUCAGGCAUGUGCUGGUUGUUCCACGAUUUGUUCAUUCUGUGAAUUUUUACAUCCAUUUUCGAGCCACUGGUAUUGUCCAUACCAAAAACAAGCCAUAUGUGUCUUUAGCUGACAGGCGGUGCUAUUUACGUUGUAGUUUAUUCAGUUAUCAGAUUAAGAUUGAGGAUCAAGACUAAAAAAGGGAGUUCACAUUUCUAUGGAUUGUACAGCUUUAUCAAAUGACUUCAUAAUUUUUUCAGAUUUUAUGCAGCAGUCUACAUUUUGUCUACAUUUCUGUAUUUAUUAUAUUUACAGAUGUGAAUGGAUUUUGGUUUGUUUGAAAUAUAUGGAAA